AACUUUAGCAGCGAAAUUCAUCCAAAAGAAACUCCUGAUAAAUAUAAAAAGGAGGGGAAAAAGAAAAACACUUGCAGCGGCAUCCACCACCGGAGCUCCCAUCAUCGGUCUAUCCCUCCGUGUCAACCCCCUCCUCAGAAGUUCUAAUUGCAGUUCAGCCCCUGGCCGGUCCGCCGGGCCACCGGAAGGAGCCGCUCGCCGGAGGAAGCCCCCCAUCUCCUUGCCCUGCGGCGGGUUUAUGGGGUUCUCGCUGUACCCCAUGAAGACGUCCACGCGGUUGCUCUGGAGCACUAGCUUCUUCCGCCAUAAGCUCAGCUCCUCCUCCUGCUUCCUCUGAGCCCGCCCCACCCGCGUCGAUCACCUCGGCGGCGGCCCGCUGUUGCUGCGCGGUCCUAGCACCCGUUCGAGUGUGUGUGUUUGUGUUCUUUGAGUUUCAAGAUUGGGUUUUGUUGCGUUAUUGGGGAGACGAAGGGACUAAGGCGCAGUGAGCGGACAAGAAUCAGCAUGGAUCCGAGCGCGGUCAGUUUCGACUCUGGCGGCACGCGGCGGGGCGGCGGCGCGCAGAUGCUGCUCUUCGGCGGCGGAGGCAGCGCCAACAGCAACGGCUUCUUCCGAGGUGUUCCGAUGGCGGUCCUGGGCAUGGACGACGCGACGCGCGUGGGCAAGCGGCCCUUCUUCACGACACACGAGGAGCUCCUAGAGGAGGAGUACUACGACGAGCAGGCGCCGGAGAAGAAGCGCCGACUGACGGCGGAGCAGGUGCAGCUGCUGGAGCGGAGCUUCGAAGAAGAGAACAAGCUGGAGCCGGAGCGCAAGACCGAGCUGGCUCGCCGCCUGGGGAUGGCGCCCCGCCAGGUAGCUGUUUGGUUCCAGAACCGCCGCGCGCGCUGGAAGACCAAGCAACUCGAGACCGACUAUGACCGCCUCAAGGCUGCUUACGACGCACUCGCCGCCGACCACCAGGGCCUCCUGGCCGACAACGAUAACCUCCGGGCACAGGUGAUCUCCCUGACGGAGAAGCUGCAAGGCAAGGAGACAUACCCGUCGGCAACCACUGCUGCCCAAGAGGUCGACCAGCCAGACGAACACACCGCUGUGUCAGGCACGGAAGAACUGCUGGCGCAGCAGCUCAAGGACAACCUCCACAGCAGCGGCGACUGCACUGGCCAUGGCACCCUCUCUUCGGAAGAAGACGACGGUGGCGUGGUCAGUGACGAGGGCUGCAGCUUCGCUCUCCCGGAUGCCAUGUUCGCUGCCGGGUUCACCCACCAUGGCGCCGAGGAGGUGCAGCUGGCCAACUGGACAUCCAUGUUCUGGAACUGAUCAGCGGAUGGAUGCAUCCAAGUGCAAAGAUCGGAUCCUCUCCUCGUCUCGACCCUUUUCUGCAGCAUAUAAUUACCGUGUUAAUUAUGUGCCGUCCGAUGUUUUUAAGUGCUCAUGUUUUAAGUUUGUGUUUUUUUGAAGAUUUUGUAUGUUCAUAUAUAUAAUAAUGUGCUUCGAAC